CCGCGCACAGCUGACUGUAACACUAUUAUACAGCUACACUACAGCUAACCGCGAUCGCAGUGAUCAUGAUGAGGGGAGCUGCUGUAGCGCUCCUUGUGUUGUGUGUUGGUGGUGUGUGGUGCGAGCACCGCGGUCGUCGUCUGGGCGCGCUGUCGGAGCUGCACCACGGCGUGCGGGGGACGGUGUAUGCGGUCGACGCCCGCACCCUCUACAUACACGACUUCUUCUACGACGGCGUCGGUCCCGCGGCGUACUUCUACGUGGGCUCGUCUAAGAAGGUGGACGCGAAGGGGGCGACGAGGCUGCGCGACGAGCGGGGGUCCGGCUCCCCCCUGCGCAAGUACCGGGGGGAGGGGGUCACACUGUCCCUGCCUGAUGGCAACACGCUGAAGGACUUCGCGUGGUUCAGCGUCUGGUGCGACGAUUAUGCUGUGAACUUCGGUUCGGUAGACAUCCCCCGCGAUCUGGAGUACCCGAGGCCGGCGCGCGUGGGGGCGCUGCGCGGCGUGCACGGGGUGCAGUCCGACCCCAUCGUCGUGGUGGACGCCCAGACCCUGCUCGUGCCAAACUUCUCCUAUGACGGAGAAGCGCCAGACGCAAAGUUCUGGGUGGGUCGCGGGGAGAAGCCGUCGCCGGCCGGCAUCCGCAUCCCCGACGAGAAUGGCAAGGAGGCGCCGCUGCGGCGGUACGACAGGAAGACCAUCGUGCUGACGCUGCCCGGGGAGCUGACGGUUUUUGACAUCGGCCACUUCGGCGUGUGGUGCGAGGCGUUCACCGUGGACUUCGGCCACGUGACCCUCCCCCCCGCCGCGCUCGCCAACGUCCCCCCCAGCCUCAAGAUGCUCGGAGUCUCGCCGCAGUCGAAGCUGAACUGCGAGGUGCUGCUGGAUGAGCUGGCGCUGGAGGUACGGUGGGCGGUCGCCGGCGACAGCAUCGUGCUGCAGCUCGUCGCCAAGCUGGAGGACGGGGAGUACAUGUCAUUCGGUAUAUCAGGGGACCCCUCGCGGUCCGCCAUGGUGGGCGCCGAUGUGGCAGUGGCAUGGCUAGACAAGACCUCGCUGAAGGGCUACGCGGAGGACUACUAUCUGGAGGGCAAGGGUCAGUGCGCCGGGGGGCGGGGGAGCUGCCCCGAUAACAAUAUCAAGGACAACAGCAACUCCAUCCGUCUGCUGAACGCGGCCCUCGUGAACGGCUACUCCAUAGUGACGUACCAGCGCUCGCUGAAGGCCGCCGACCACCUCGACCUGCCCGUGCUCACCAACGCCAGCCAGCCCGUCGUGUGGGCGGUGGGGCCACUCAACUCCAAGAACGAGGUGUCAUACCACCACCACUUCACUAAGGGUGACAAGUUCAUCGAGUUCGGUCGCCCGCCGCUGUGGAACUGCCCCAUGCCGGAGGGCGAGGACUCCCCGCAGCCGCCGCAGCCCCCGCAGACGCCGCAGCAGUCACAGAAACAGCAGCAGCAUCAUACUGAGAACACAUCAGUGAUCAAACCGAACCCCGUCCCCCAGCCGCGGCCGGUACCCCGCGCGCGCCCCUGGGACAUCCCCGCUAUACAGUGCCACGAACCCGAGGACGGCGUUUUCUACGCCCAGCUUGGCCCUACUGGUGGCAAGCAGGGGUACUCCGCAAUCACAGGCCACGUGGGCUGGGGCAUCUCGUGGUACAUCAACGGCCUGCUGAUCCCCGAGAUCUACGUGGUGCGCGGCCGCCAGUACACCUUCGUGGCGGAGGGGGGUUCCAACCCGGACGUGCCGGCGCAGUACCACCCCUUCUACAUCACUGAUGACCCUGUAGGAGGGUACCAGCAUAAGACCGAUGAGGAGAAGAAGAGCAUCACAAUAUUUGCGGGUGUACGCCGGACGCGCAGCGGCGAGGUGGUGCCGACUGGCGUGGGGCGGUCCUGCAACUGGACGCCGGACAAGGAGGGGCCGGACGCGGACGAGUACCCCAGCUUCGGCGCCUACCAGCGCAGCCUCACGCUGGUGUGUGACCGCGGCGAGCCCGGCAUCGUGCGCUGGACACCCGACCGGAACACCCCGGACACCGUCUACUACCAGUGUUUCACCCACCGGCAUCUCGGCUGGAAAAUCCAUGUCGUAGACGAGUGUGACGCGUCCGAGGCCGAGAGCCGCGUGUCGGAGACUAUCGCUCUCCCGGGAGACCUGCUCGGGGACGAGUCCAUACAGGUACAGACCAGGGUUAAACCGGACUCCAACUUUUUAGAUCAUCGAAGGAAAGUCGAGAAAAUCAUAAACACGAAAAACAAUUAUAACGAUUUCAGCAGCAAUAGAGAUGUCGCCGGCCCCUCUGGCGGUGCGGAGAGUCAGCUCCAGAGCGGACACGAGUUUGAAUUGCCGAUGACCAACGGACAGCUGAAGGACGUCAUAACGGCGGUGGAGAGUCUCGAGGAACAGAUGAAGGACGCGAUGAAGAGUAACUCGACCCAGCUGCAUCAGUACCAGGUUUACGAGGAUAUCAAAGAGGUGUUCCUCCCGGAGCAGCCGAUAAGAGAAGGAGAUGAGUAUGUCAUUGACCCCUCGAGGCUCCCCGACAACUUCCUCCUCCCGCCCGUCCAGAAACCGCAGACGCUCCAGACGGUGCUCCGACCGUACCCGUCGAAUAAACCGCAAGGAAAUAUGCGUCCUCCGUUCCGGAGACCCGUUCCCCCUGAAAUAAAAGUGAGAAGACCGUACCCGAUCUCUCAUAAGAAUAACAACGCGUAUCCUCUCUCCAUGCCCUCAUCUGGACCUCAUGGCAUGUCGAAGAAACCUAACAAAUAUUCGAGCGGCCGGCCGAUGGACAGACCGCCAAAUAUGAAUAGACCUCACCAGCAUACCUCCAACAUACCUCCGAUGAAAGCCAUGCCGCCUCUUCACUCGAAGCCAAUUUUCCAUCAAGUGUCCCAUAAGCAUCCUAUGCAGCAGCAGGGCAAAAAUGGGUUCCCGAUCGCCAUGGGAUUACCGCACAACGUUUCUCCGUCUAUCAAACAACAGACGCUUAACUUGGGACAAACGGAUAUAAUUGCUAACCAAGUGGUUAAAAGUCAAAUAACAUUACCAGAAGCGAACGACGCAUUGGGCCAACAGUCUGUUCCACAAGUGUUUUAUAACAAGCCGGGUCAAAUAAUACUCGGAAAGCCUAUGGACCACCCGCAACCUUUAGAUCAACAGAUGAUGCCGACCAAAUUAUAUCCUGUCAAAGCACAAACAACUCCACUUCCUCAACUGCAUCGAGAACCUCCCAGUGACGAGUCUGGAUUCGCUGAAAACCCCCAUAGCGAAAUGAAAUCAUCUGAUUUUAUGGGACAAACACCAGAUACGUCCACGUUCGUACCAGCAGUAAACACUGGUUUCAAGCCAGACUCCAUAGUCGUUGAGAGCGGUUUUAAGCCUAUAAUAAGGGAACCAUUAAUGGCUGGCGAAGACAAAAUCGCUGAUUACAAUGGAGGAAAUGCAAACAGACGCGAGGACACGGAUGUCGAAGAAGAUUACGAUGAGGCGCCACAGAAAAUUAAUUCAAACCAUGCGUACCCGAGCGACAAGAUCACUCAGUCGUUUGAACCCAUGUUUAUACCUUCACCGCCCGAUCAUUUACUUGCAGCCGAUAACGACAGAACCAAAGAAGUCUUCCCCAGCAACCACGCUAAAGAAGAUAGACCGCAUCCCGUGUACGUGAAAACCGAAAGCGAAUUGAACGCUCUGUUUGGAAAAUUAAAUUUGGAACGUAACACUCCCCAAGACUUGAUGAUGGAUUCCAAUAAAGUGAGCCCGCAAUACUUACCGCCCGAACCUAAAGUACCCAAAAACCCAUCACAGAAACUAACAGCCGACCAAACAUUUACCACUUACGACGGUAAAACGAUAUCAGCGGACAUACUGGCAAGCGUACCCGAUAUCAACAAGGAAGCCCCAAAAAUAUUCUCCGCCAAAAUACCUACAACGAGCACCGAAAUACUACUAAAAUUACCGCAAUUCGGACCGUUCAAAGGUGAAAUACCACCAGUCGUUGAAGAGACUAUUAAAAAUGCGACAAAUUCAGACGCUAAAGACACAAAAACACAUCUAGCGCCGGUAUUCGAGGACACAGACGACGCAGACACUGAUGACUUGAAAGCAGAAGCGACAGAAAAUCACGAAGUCGAAGACGAGUCGGAGGAGGAGUACGAAGAUGACGAGGAACAGGUCAGACGGAAGAGAGACACUAAAGCUACACAGUUCGAAAGAGGCGAAACGAACGAAGAACCAACCGUCGCUAACGCAAAAGAAAAAGAAACGAUGCAUCAAGUCGACUUCGAUAAAGAACCGACGUCGACUUCUUCAAGAUUAUACUUCGGCUUGCCGUAUAUUCUAUUGACCACGGUAUUAAUAACAUUAAUUUGAAUAUUUAUUAAAUUAUUUAUUUAUUUAUUAUUGCCAUGAUUUGCAUUUGGUCGGUAGUUGGGGGUAGUCGGGAACUUCUUGACGUCUGAGUAACUCUGUUACCACAUUCUUCUGCAAUUCAAUACUCGGUUAGAUGUAAGUAUUAUUGUAAAUAUUUUUAUACUAUAUUUUGAUAAAUAAAUUUAGUGUUUAGAGU